GAAGCACAGAAAAAGUAGUUUGAGCUGUAAAUGUUAAUGACAACAUUGAGGGCAACGGUCACAUUCAGUUUGGAAGUUCCUUAGGGGGCAAUUUGGGAAUUUAAAUAAAAGUUAACGGAACUUUUUUUCUGGUGUGAAUCAAAAAGCAGAAAGAGGGAGAGAGGAAGAAAUAAAAACUAGAAAGCAAGCGUAUUAGUGGGCGGCAAGUGCUUAAUUUUCUCACUGCCUUUGUAUUCUCAGCACUUUUCAUUCAUCAUCAUUGACUCUUCUGAUUCAUCUUAAUCUCAUUUGCUUCACUAGCCGUAGCUCUCUCUACCUCUGAGAAGAUCUCUUUUUCUAUCAUCUUUUCUCUAUUCUUUGUUGGGUUUAUUGGAUACCCAUUUGGAUUUUUGAGGCAAAACAAGGUUUGUGAAGCGGGAACAAAUAAGCUAUGGCGGCUCCUAAACCAGAAGAGAUAAGCCAUCCACCAUUGGACCAACUUCAAGGCUUAGAGUACUGUAUUGACUCAAACCCAUCUUGGGGAGAGGCAAUAGCUUUGGGUUUCCAGCACUACAUUUUGGCUUUAGGAACUGCAGUAAUGAUCCCCUCAUUCCUUGUUCCUUUGAUGGGUGGCACUGAUGGUGAUAAAGUGAGAGUGGUACAAACUCUGCUUUUUGUGGAGGGAAUUAAUACACUUCUACAAACUCUAUUUGGAACCAGAUUACCAACUGUGAUAGGAGGAUCUUAUGCAUUCAUGGUCCCGGUUAUAUCCAUUAUUCAUGAUUCGUCAUUGGCAAACAUCGAGAACCCUCAUGUUAGAUUUCUUAACACCAUGAGAGCAGUACAAGGUGCAUUAAUUGUAGCAUCAAGCAUACAAAUUAUCCUAGGAUACAGUCAAAUAUGGGCCAUCUGUUCCAGGUUCUUCAGCCCCCUUGGAAUGGUUCCAGUUAUUGCCUUAGCGGGUUUCGGCCUGUUUGAUAGAGGUUUCCCAGUGGUUGGAAGGUGUGUGGAAAUUGGCAUCCCCAUGUUUAUCCUAUUUGUGAUCUUCUCCCAGUACCUAAAGAACUUCCACGCAAGACAGAUACCAAUACUAGAACGAUUUGCUCUCCUUAUCUCAAUCACAGUGAUAUGGGCUUAUGCACACCUCUUGACGGUCGGUGGCGCAUAUAAACACCGGCCAGAGCUAACUCAACUCAAUUGCCGAACAGACAAGGCCAAUCUCAUUUCUUCUGCUCCAUGGAUAAAGAUCCCAUAUCCUCUUCAGUGGGGUGCACCUACAUUUGAUGCGGGUCAUGCUUUUGGAAUGAUGGCUGCUGUUCUAGUCUCAUUGAUUGAGUCAACUGGGGCAUACAAAGCUGCAUCACGUCUAGCAAGUGCCACACCACCACCGGCUCAUGUUCUUAGCCGUGGUAUUGGCUGGCAAGGGAUUGGUAUCCUAUUUAAUGGACUAUUUGGGACAUUAACUGGUUCAUCAGUUUCUGUAGAAAAUGUUGGGCUUCUUGGAAGUACUCGUGUUGGAAGCCGCCGGGUUGUCCAAAUCUCAGCCGGUUUUAUGAUAUUCUUCUCAAUAUUGGGAAAAUUUGGAGCUUUGUUUGCAUCAAUUCCUUUCACCAUAUUUGCUGCUCUAUAUUGCGUUUUGUUUGGUCUUGUUGCUUCGGUGGGGCUAUCAUUUUUGCAAUUCACAAACAUGAACUCGAUGAGGAACCUCUUCAUCACUGGUGUUGCACUCUUUUUAGGUUUGUCUGUCCCUGAAUACUUCAGGGAAUACACUGCAAGGGCCACACAUGGCCCUGCUCACACCAGUGCUGGAUGGUUCAAUGAUUUUCUUAAUACCAUCUUCUUCUCAUCGCCAACGGUGGCGAUGAUCGUGGCGGUCUUCUUAGACAACACACUUGAUUACAAAGACAGUGCCAGAGACAGAGGAAUGCCAUGGUGGGUGAAAUUCCGAACAUUUAAAGGAGACAGCAGGAAUGAGGAGUUUUACACCCUCCCUUUCAACCUCAACAGAUUCUUCCCUCCAUCUUGAAGGUCUUUUGGCAAAUUAAUUACCAAAGAAAUAUGUUUUAGAGGAAAAGCAUCAUUUCCAGAUAGGGAAAGGAGGGAAUCAAUGAUGAUGAUUGAUGAGGAAAGUUGAGAGAGUAUAGUAGUUGCGCAGCUGAUACUACUUGUGCAACAACUGCCUGGGAGGCGAUAACAGCACUUUCGCUUCCAUUUUUCUCUUUUAUUUUAUAAAUAUCUCUGACUAGGAUUGUUCAGGUUUAAUCCAAAUUAAUUUAUUUGUUUGUCCCCUGCAUUUUCAA